AAUAUCGUAUCUUGCUUUUCUUCUCUCUUUUUCCUCCAAGUUGGAGUUUUAUCUUCAAAGGCAAUGUUCCCUGCAGUUAUGUCCAAUUCCACUUCUUUGUCGACCGAAGAAGCCAGUGUCUCUUGUGGUACAAGAAUUCACGACUUGUGUGGACUCAAUCAUGUUGUCUCAACCAUUAAUUCUCCACAGCAACCUCAAAAGAUCAAGAAAAAGAGAAGCCUCCCUGGAAAUCCAGACCCAGAUGCUGAAGUGAUUGCUUUAUCCCCCAAGACCCUUCUAGCUACCAAUAGGUUUGUGUGUGAGAUCUGCAACAAGGGUUUCCAGAGAGAUCAGAACCUUCAGCUUCAUAGGAGAGGCCAUAACCUGCCAUGGAAGCUGAAGCAAAGGAACAACAAAGAGGUCAAAAAGAGAGCCUACGUUUGCCCAGAGCCUUCAUGUGUUCACCAUAACCCUUCAAGGGCUCUUGGGGAUCUUACAGGAAUUAAGAAACACUACUGCAGAAAACAUGGAGAGAAGAAGUGGAAAUGUGACAAGUGCUCAAAGAUCUAUGCUGUUCAGUCAGAUUGGAAAGCUCACUCUAAAACCUGUGGUACUAGAGAAUAUAGAUGUGAUUGUGGAACCCUUUUUUCCAGGAAGGAUAGCUUCAUAACUCAUAGAGCAUUCUGUGAUGCAUUGGCUGAAGAAAGUGCAAGAAUUUCAGCAAACCAAAUAGCCACAAACACAAACCCAUUAAUCCAUUCUCUCUUUCUUCUCCCAAACCAACAACAACAUAACUUCCAAAACCAGAUCAUGGCCAACAUCAAUACAUGGGACCCAUCUCAAGAAAACCCUAACCCUAGCAAUCUUGUUGCUGUUUCUGCUAGUGCUCUCCACAACAACAUCAAAUAUGAAGCUCAAAACUUUCAGAUACCCAACAACCUCUCUUCUCCUCCUCCUCCUCCAUUUCUUCGGCACUCCAACAAGAGCAUGAUAACCUCACCUUUCGGUGACCUCCAUGUCCGCAUGCAACCCUACUCCAACGCCGCCACGUUACCACACCUCUCAGCCACUGCACUUCUCCAGAAGGCUUCGACCGUUGGUGCCGCCACCAUCACUGGCCCUGCUUCUGCUGUUUCCAUUGGACAACAACAGCAACAUUCUCAGCAGCAGUCACUGAGUCGCGUGACUCAGCUCAGCAUGGGCGAGUUUGGAACAGUGACUCACCUCGACUCGGUGGUACCCAAUCACUACAUGAACAUGAGAGGCCUCACCCCCGCCGCCGCCGCCACCACCAUCACCACCGCCCGUAACCUCAAAAACGACCAUCUCACGAGGGAUUUCCUAGGCCUGACCGGGGACGCCGCCAACGGCGGAGGAAAUAGCGGCGCGGUUGACGUUAGCAUUAACGUUAAGGAUAUGCUAACAUUCACGGGGAGCGUAGAAUACCACCACCAACAACAACAGCAACAACUCCAACCUUACGAGCACCAUAACAACUCGGUUUUCAAGUCCCAACAAGGUUUUGGAUUCCUUGGGACAACCACUGCCCCUGAGUCAUGGGGGAAUUGUUGAAGUGAUUCCAAAACUUUGGGGGUAAAAUGGGCAACUCAAUUUGCCUUUAUCUCUUAUGAACUUGUAUUUUUGCCCCUUCGAACCACAAUGAUUUAUUCCAGUUUCCUUGAUAGAACCAUAAAUGUGUUUUAAUUUUGUGUUGUUGUUUUCUUAAAGUACAAUCCUUUUUUUUAUUAGUUUCCGUUACACAAAUAUAUAGACA